CAGAAAGCGGGUGGGGACCAGGCAGGAUGUUCUCCCGAGAGUUGUGGCUGGAAAAUGAGAAACCGUGUGCCAUGGUUCGGAAGGCGAGGCAGGGCAGGAAGCGCCAGGAGCUGCUGGCCGUGGCACUGGGGGUGAAGGUAGGAGUCAAAGGCAGCUUCCUCUGGCCCCCACUCAAACUCUUUGCCUGUCCACAGAUCUCCUCCCUGGUGCGAAGGGCCGCCCUCACGCACAACGACAACCACUUCAACUACGAAAAGACACACAACUUCAAGGUGCACACAUUCCGAGGCCCACACUGGUGUGAAUAUUGUGCCAAUUUCAUGUGGGGACUCAUCGCCCAAGGGGUCCAGUGCUCAGAUUGUGGAUUGAACGUGCACAAGCAGUGUUCCAAGCACGUGCCCAACGACUGCCAGCCGGAUCUCAAGAGGAUCAAGAAAGUGUAUUGCUGCGACCUCACCACACUCGUGAAAGCGCACAACAGCCAGAGGCCCAUGGUGGUAGACAUCUGCAUCCGGGAAAUUGAAGCGAGAGGAUUGAAGUCAGAAGGCCUUUACCGAGUCUCUGGCUUCACUGAACACAUAGAAGACGUCAAAAUGGCCUUUGACCGAGAUGGUGAAAAGGCCGAUAUAUCUGCCAACAUCUAUCCAGACAUAAACAUCAUCACCGGGGCCCUGAAACUCUACUUCAGAGACUUACCCAUCCCUGUCAUCACUUACGACACCUAUUCCAAAUUCAUAGACGCAGCGAAAAUCCUCAACGCAGACGAGCGACUGGAAGCGGUCCACGAAGUGCUGCUGCUGCUGCCGCCUGCGCACUAUGAGACGCUCCGGUACCUGAUGAUCCACCUCAAGAAGGUGACCGUGAACGAAAAGGACAAUUUCAUGAAUGCAGAAAACCUGGGCAUUGUGUUUGGGCCUACCCUGAUGCGGCCCCCGGAGGACAGCACCCUGACCACCCUGCACGACAUGCGGUACCAGAAGCUGAUUGUGCAGCUGCUGAUAGAAAACGAGGAUGUUUUGUUUUGACCCAUCAGAGAAAUGAGCUGAGUGGCCCCAGCCCUGUCUAAGUCGACGGGGCUAAAAGAAUAAAGACCCCACCCCACCCCCUUAUACUUGGUUUGUUUCUCAAACAAGGGACAGGAUUUCUUGGGCCGAAGGGAAGUGGCAUAGCCAAGCUGGGUUCCGGGUCCUUGAGAAGCAGCUCCCCUCCACGUGAGGACCAGGGUGAGGACCCGAUACCGCCCCCCACCCCACCCCACCCCCCUUGGGUCUUUCCCAGUACCUCGUCUGUCUGUGUGUGUGUGUUGCUGGAAGAAUGAUUAACAAAUCCUUAACUUAUUAAAAAAGAGAGGAAAAAGAGCAAAUACAUCUUUGCAGUUCACUCUUAGCAGUAAUAGAAAGGGAACUUAAUCCAUAGAGGUACUUGAUGCAAGUCUACAUUUUCUGCUUACAAAAAGAAGAAGACAAUUCUAUGUGAAAUGUUAAAUGAAGCCUAUAUUGUAAAGCGUAUUUUUAUGUUCGCCGCAAGAAUAUUAUUUUAGCAAAUUGAACUCAAUGCAGUGCAUUGACUAUUUCCCUGUGCACCUGUGUCCUGGCUGUGUUGCCCAGAAGAGCUUACCACAAAUGCAGUAUUACCUUGGCAUACCUCUGUGGUGGCAGUGCUCCCGACCCCUGCUUUUGAAGUGUUUGCUGUGAAACACAUUGACAUUCCCUGCUCUACAGUCUAGGUUUAUAGCCAUCGCAGGAUGCUCUGACAGGGCCACGGCUUUUCUUUCCAUGAUAAGUUUGUGAACUCUGAACACAGGUUUCAAAAUUAGCCUUCCUCUUCCCUUUAGUGUGGCCGGUGUGUCCUAGAACGUGCAGACGGUGGUCAUUUAAUGUCCCUACGACCCGGGCACACUGGGUGUAACUCUGCCAUGUGAAAAGCUACCAUUACCCUCCUUUCUUUCUGGCCAUUCUGAAGUCAUUUGUUCCUGGCAAAUCUGAACACUGCAACCUAUCUGCAUUUAUGGGGGAGAGGGAAAUGAAUCUGCAGAAUAAUUGUUUCGUUGAAGUCAUUUUUGUUUUAUAAACAAGCCUAUUGUUAAAAGCAAGCAUUAAGCUUGGGGCUUAACCAAAUAUUUGUUUCUCCUUGAUCAAAGCAGCUGUGUGUGGAUAAUAAUUUAAUAAUGAUUGUAUGAGUCUAAUACCCUUCUCUUGAUGAUAUAUAUUGAUCUCAGCAUGAGCUUUUCAUAGCAAGAGUUCUAUAUUUUGUAACAUAGGUGAAAUAUUUAAGACAUCAAGAACUGUACAUUUAGGUUGGUUUAAAAAUUCUAUCCAAAGGCAAUGAGCUGUGUGAAAAUUCACCUAGUCUUGUGUUGGAGUGACCAGAAGAGAACUCCCCAGUGUGUGUGUGUGUGUGUGUGUGUGUGUGCAUUAAAUGGAGCUCAAAGAGGCGUGCAAUUUCUGUCCGGGGAAGUCCCAGGAGGAUGGGGUCCAAAGGUGACCACUUACUUGGUCCCUGCUACCAUGGUUCUGGCCAACUGUACAGAUUUGAUUGUUGUCGCUCAUGUACUUCUUGAUACUGUCCAAAAAAAUUAUCUGGAAAUGGUUUUAUUUUGUGAAGUGAACAAUACUUUGUAAUUUAUGAUCGUGUAAAUGGAAGGAGAAGCAUUAAAUGUAUUCAAUUCUUC